AUGCGUCUUGACAAAGCAUUGCUUGGGUCCCUAUGGGGACUUGCUGUUAGCUCAACAGCGCACAUCAUUGCCACAGAUGAGGUCCCUUUGCUCGGUCCAUCCUUCCUCUCCAACUUUGAUCCCUCCAAUACAAGCGCGAUCAGCCAUGCCAAAUCGGAAUUCCCUGGCUUAAUUAAUAACCUCUUCUCAACCGGCGCUCUCAACCGCACAGAUCUAGCCUUCCACAUUGACGUGUUUUCGGCUGCUACCAAUAAAUCCAUCUACAGCUAUUCGCACGUCGGAGAGAACUCCAAACAGUCCGUGACGUCUGGAGAAUUUAAUGACAAGACGAUCUCACGCCUCGGAAGUGUGACGAAACUCUUCACCGUCUACGCAAUAAUCGCCAAGGCAGGCAUAGAAGUAUUCAGCCAGCCUGUGACAAAGUACCUCCCCGAACUGGCGGGCAAUUCGGCCAACGAUCCAUUGGAGAGAAUACGCUGGGAGGAUAUCACAAUUGGAGCGCUAGCAUCUCAGCAGGCUGGCUCUGGGGGUGUCGCUGACUUCCUCCAGGACUACCAGGAUCCCGAUAGGCCAUUGCACUAUGCACCCGAAGAUCUUCUGAAGUCCUUCCGCGACGAGAAAAAGCCUGUGAUUUCUCCAUUCCGAAAUGCCGUCUAUUCUGAUGGCGGCUUCGCUGUCCUAGGGCAGGUACUUGCGCGCCUGUUGGGAAAGCCUUACAGCGAAGCUGUCCAGGAGGUUCUAUUUGAUCCACUAGGCCUAGAGUCCAUGUCGACAAAAGUGCCAACAGGGCCUGAUCUUAACGUUAUCGAUCGCCGAGUCAUUGACAAGAACACAUCAUGGGCUGGUGACAUAGAAGUUGUUGCGUCAACUGGCAGUUACUACUCCAACGCCGCAGAUCUCCGCACCGCAGGUCUUGCCAUCUUGAACUCCGAGCUACUCCCCCCCGCCACAACAUCGCAAUGGAUGAAACCCAGCAGUGGAACUGGCAGCCUGGUCGAGCUCGUCGGUGCCCCAUGGGAAAUUUCUCGCCUAGAGAUUCCCGUUACGCCAGGCUCAAACCGCACUAGGAUCUCAGAUCUAUACACCAAGGCCGGUGGAAAUGUCGACUACACAGCCAUAUUUGCCCUGUCCCCAGACCACGGCAUCGGCUACUCCAUCUUGGUUGCCGGUUUCACUGCGACGCCCGCCCGCUGGCCCCUACGCGACGUGGUUGGCGAGAAAUUCAUCCCCGCUGCCGAACAUGCAGCAGUAGAGAAUGCCAAGCGGACCCUGGCUGGUACGUUCGUCGACCAGACAUCACCGGAUACAAACCUCACACUUUCUGUUGACCGAGGCCGCCCCGGGCUCGGGCUGAAAUCAUUCUGGAUUAAGGGCACUAACAUCCGCGAUCAUGCGCAUUGGCGUCUCUAUCCGACCGGUCUCAACUCGUUCUCGAGGUCCUUGUCUUCCUUGUACAAGACCAAGGGUACUAUUCGUGUGGCGCACCGUAUGGUGGAGCCUCAAACCCCGAUAAAGCCUCGUGCUGCUGUGGAAGGUGGGAAUGGAGGCUUGUUUGAUAACUCCUUUGUGUGGAUGAACCUUGACUUUGGUGGUCCCUCCGACGAGUUUAUUUUCAACCUGGUUGAUGGACGACUUGUCAGUGUUGAGCACCCAACUACCGGCUCCGUUCUCAAGCGAGUUUUAAGUGCAAGUUCUGGAUCGGUCCUAUUGGUAGGAGGGUAA